AUUAAUUUUAAUACUUGUAAAGAUGGGCCAAAGCAACUGUUGUUCUGGAAAGCCUGAGUCAUAUACUCAAGAGCAAUCAAAAGAAGCUCUAACAUGGAAAGAUUCAGAUGACAUCAAAACUCUUGAAAGCAAGAAGAGUAAAGAAGGGAAAAGCAGAAUGUCACAGAAAUCGGUGAUUUCAUAUACUAAUAAAACGAAAAAUAAAAAGGGCAAGAUGGCUCUUGUCAAAAGCUCUCAUACCAAGAAAGCUUCAGUCGAUAAUCCCUUAGAUUUCUCAGAAGCUAUUAUGAAAGAAUACAAGACUGCUAAAAUAAAGAAGAAUCUAAAUGGAAGUCUCAGGAUGGCAAAGAAGAGGAAGGAUAAAGGAAGGUGUUCAGCAUUAGUUAUGAGGAUGAGGGAAGGAUCAAAUUCAAGACUCCCUCAACAAUUAGACCAGUUUAUUGUUCAGAAUUAGAGUUCUUAACAGCCAGGUGAAUUAAUUUCUCCAUCUAUGAAUAUUG